UGGGCCCAACCCUACGGCUGUGGUUUUAUCAGCCAAGUGCUAGGAGCUGUACCAUAGCUUUGGGGAAAGGGUAUUUUUGCUGAGGUUCUGGCGCAGACGCCCCAUGUUCAGACGUUCCCACCUCAAGAUCCUGCUGAUCGGCAAUUCCGGGGCGGGCAAAUCUGCCCUGAUGAACCAGUAUGUUAACAAUCGCUUCAGCAGUCGCUACAGAGCCACCAUUGGAGCAGAUUUCCUCAGCAAGGAAGUAAACAUUGAUGGACGCAAACUGACUGUGCAGAUUUGGGACACAGCUGGUACAGAAAGGUUCCAAGCACUGGGGACUGCCCUCUACCGGGGGUCAGACUGCUGCCUUCUCGUCUUCGAUGUCACAUCUGUCAGCUCUUUCCAAGCCCUGGAGAAGUGGCACAAGCAGCUUCUGUUGCAGAUUGAGCCAAAGGAUGAGCCCACUUUCCCCACUGCUGUCAUUGGGAACAAGAUGGACCUGGAGAACCGUGAGGUGUCUUCUGAGGAAGCAGAAAUGUGGAGCAAGCUUCAUGAAGCCAAAUACUUUGAAACCAGCGCCAAGGAAGCCACCAACGUGCAGGAGGUGUUUGAGUGGGCCAUUCGGGCCGUACUAAAGAAUCAGAGGGUACCUGAAGAACCACAAGGGGACUCCGUUCACCUGGAGACCAGGCCACCAGAAGGGGCAGCCAGAGAGAAGUGUAGCUGCUGAUCAGACCAAAUACAGAUGGGAAGGUUCCGUCUGUCUGAAUAUGCCUAAGGGGGUGGGCUCUUCAUGCUUUGCAAUCCCAAAGGGUGAAAGUGCAACCCCACAGAACAGCCCCAAAGACAUUUGGCAAGGCUGCAGCAUACAGCUUCUGGAGCUGGAUCCCAAGGUAGACCUUUGUUCUCUGGAUGACACAGUCUAGCACUUGGGAGAGCUGGAUCAUACCCCAGGCUACUCUUCCCCCAAGCACAUGGAAAUAAAGCUGAAUGCCAAUA